AUGGAGGCAAAACUCCAAGCCACAACCCCACCUGCCUCAGCUUCUCUAGCCAUCCUACAGUCAAGCUUCCUGCAGUGGGUUCACAUAACAAAACUGAAUAGAAGACAGGAAAGAGAGAUACAGACAGCCCAGUUUUUAGAGUUCUCUGAAAACACAAGCACUGUGUGUUGUCUGAUGAGAACAGGUACAGCAGAGCUUGCAAAAGGAAGCAUAGUGUCUGAUCAGCAGAAAGGGGCAAAACGCUGGGAAACAUGCAGCCAUGGCUACACCAGUGUUAGACAGCCACCUAGUGGUUUGUUCAAGGACAGACACGAAGUGGACAUAGCAGAGGCAUCAGAACUGAGUGACAUGAGGUUGCACUCAAUCAGUUAUUCAAAUGCCCAUGGGCAUGGAAUUUGGAUACUGAAACAUCAGUUUACCACUUGCUCCUCUUUUUACAACCCAGAACACAAUGCCCUGAGCCCUUUGCUGAAAGAGAAAGAUCAUGUGCGGUCUACAGUCACCCACCUUCCAGAGAUUGCCCUGUUCUCUGAAGACUGGGUGCCUGAAGGAAAGCAACUCACCUCUGCAGAUAGGAUGCAUCUGAGAUGUUGGCUGCUGGUUAGUGCUGUCAUUGCCAUUGGAGAUGAUGAAAUGAAAAUUGCAAUUCUGGAGGGAGUUGGAGUGGAAGAGCCAGGAAAGGAGAGAGUGUUGGUGUAUGAUCCAUGGUGUGGACUCCAGCACAGCAAUAUCUCCACAAACGUCCUUCUUGCUGUCAAACCAUCAAUGUUCCCAUUGCUCAUGGUGCUGCUUGGCCUCUGGUAUAUGAUGACCUUGACCCUAGGCUUCACUGCCAUUCCUGCCCCAAUUCUUGAUUUAACAGGUGACUGUCCCUUAGUUCUUGAUUGGCAGAAAACCAAGUCUAAAGUAUAUUGUGAUCAUCACAAACUGGACUUCUAGAAUAUGGCCAUCAGAAUCAUUUUCUUAUCACAAACUACAACUGGAAUUCUGGGAAAUAUUUCUAUUAUGUUCUACUAUCUAGCCCUUUACUACAAAGAAUGCACAUUAAAGCCCACAGAUUUGAUUCUCAUUAACCUAAUGGCAACCAAUGCUUUGAUUAUGCUCUCUGAAGGAGUGCCCAACACAAUGGCAGCUUUUGGGUUAAAGCACUUUUUGAAUGAUUUUGAAUGCAGACUCCUAAAAUACAUUCAUAGACUUAGCAGGAGUGUGUCCAUUGGAACCAUCUGCCUCUUGAGUGUCUUCCAGGUCCUUUCCAUUGGUCCCAAGAAAUCCUAUUGGAAGAAUCAUAAAGUCAAAUUUUCAAAAUACAUUGGCUGCUCCAUUGCCCUCCUCUGGGCCUUUGACAUGUCAAUAAGUUUCAUUUUCUUUAUGGAUAGAUAUAUCCAAAAGAAUAGCAAAAAUGUAACCAAAAAAUGGGAUUUUGGGUACUGCUCUAUUGUAGGGCGCAGUGAAAUCAGUGACUCACUCUAUGUAGUGUUGGUGGUGUGUUCUGAAGUCUUCUUUUCUGUUGUGAUAGCCUGGUCCAGCAGUUCCAUGAUUACCAUUUUGUACAGACACAAGCAGAAGGUUCAACACAUCCGCAGCUUUCAUAGAUCCAGUAGAAACUCCCCUGAGUCCAGAGCCAUUCAGAGCAUUCUGGUCCUAGUGUCUACCUUUUUGGCUUUUUAUUCUCUUUCUUCUAUCUUAGGAGGCUGCAUUGCUCUUUUGGAUAAUCACAGUUGGUGGCUGAUGAACAUCACUUGCCUCAUUUCUCUGUGCUUUCCCUGCUUUGGACCAUGUUUUCUUAUCAGUCAUUACUCCAUUGUGUCCAGGCUUAAUUUGGCCUGGACAAAAAUUAAAUCUCUCAUUUUGUUUUAA